CUUUUGAGAGACAGAUCGAGAAGAAAGAAUAUCCAGGGCCUGUGUGCCAACUUUUCCAAGCGUUUGCGCCACGGAAUCUAAAACUCACUGCAAGACCGUCCUUCUUAUUCUCGCUGUGAAGAUCGAGUCAGACCGACGAGCAUCCUUCUUCUUGUCAUUCUGAGGUUUAGGGCUGGUUACUGGAGGGCGAGCUUAACGCCAACUUGAACUGCGGAUGAUCGCAGCCUCUUCGCCUAUACUUCUAUUGCUCGCGGACAGAACUGCUCUAACGAGAUGUGCUUCACCGACUGCGACGACAGUAUCUCUAGUGUUUCCCGUCACAAGGAAUACCACCACCGCAGCAGCAGUUCCCGCCGUGGAGGGGGUCGAUGUGAUAGCGGUGGGACGAGCAGCAGCAGCAGCAGCAGCAGCAGCAACAGCAAUACUCACAGCCCCAUCAUCCCUCCUCCUCAUCCUCAUCCUCCUCCACGAAGCUACUCUCCUCCUCACUCCCCUCUGCGAAACCAGAACCACUUUCCCCACCCUCGCCGUACUGCACCACCGCUCCUACCGCCCUCAUACAGCACCGUCCGCCGCCGUCGCUGGCGCACUAUCGAGGAAUCUCUAAUUCCGGUGCGCGUGGCACGACCCCAGCCGACGUGGGUGGAUGUCCGUCGCGCGGAUCGGUGCAUCCCAGCGGAAGAGGUGGAGGUGGCGGGGGAAGUGGAAUGCGUGGGGGUUUUGGAGUCGGUGGAGGAACGGUGUUUGAUGAGACGUGGUGGUCGGAACCGAAACAUGUCCAUCCGCGGACGCAGGAACUCCGUCCCCUCGCGGACCCGGUUCAGCUUCUCCACGCUGCGCGGCCACCAGCAGCCCGAGACGAGCCGGCGGCUCAAUCAGCUCAUCAAGAAUGAGAACACGGCCAUCAGCGCGCAUGAGAAGGCGGGCCGCGAGCGCGUCGCCAUCGCGAAUCAGCUGUCUGACUGGGGCGAGUGGACCGAAGACGACGCUGUCUCCGAUAUCUCGGACAAGCUGGCGGUGCUGAUGGCGGAGAUGGGCGAGCAGGAGGACAACUUCGCCCAGUACCUGGAGGAGUCGCGCGUCGUGCUGAAGCACAUCCGCGACACCGAGAACUCGGUCCAACCGUCGCGCGACCAGCGCGCCAAGAUCGCCGACGAGAUUCAGAAGCUGAAGUGGAAGGAGCCGCAGAAUAACAAGAUCGCCAUCCUCGAGCAGGAGCUCGUGCGCGCGGAGGCGCAGAUGUUGGUGGCGGAGGCGCAGUUGACUAAUGUGACUAGGUCGAAGUUCAAAGAAGCAUACGAUAUCCAUCUGGCGGCGGUGAUUGAGCGGGGCGAGAAGCAGAUCCUGCUGGCUCGCCAUGCCCGCCGUCUGCUGAACCAUCUGGAUGACACCCCGGUUGUACCAGGGGACUCGCCACGGGAGUAUGACCAGCUUCCAGCGACCAAACAGAUUAUCGAGGAUGCGGAGAAGGAGCUGCAUGCGUGGGAGAGCAGUGCAGAGCCCAUUCACUCGUCCGCCGCGGACGUCCCGGACAGCACCCUGUUGCCAAGGUCCGGUCGUGGUGUGCGUGAUUCGCGAGGCGCAUACGCGGUUGAAACCACUGCUUCAGACUCGGUGCGCGACGUGAACGGUUCAGCCGAGGAAUCAUAUGCUCAAGGCACUGGUGCGAAUGAAUAUGCCCGUGAUACCCCGGCAGAGCCAUAUGUCAACGGCCACGGCACAGAGCCAGUGACUGACCAAAGCCAUCGGGAGUCGUAUGCUCAAGGAGCGGAUCAUGACCGCUAUGUCGAAGGCGCGGGCUCGGAGCUGUAUGCUGACAGUACCCCGCCGCCGGCUACCACCAGUGCUGCUGCUGAACAACACUAUACCAACGGUGUCCCUCAGGAUCCAGCCGUCAUCAGUGGAACCGAGGCGCAAUCCAGCACCAUCCCCCACGUGGAGAAGUACACUGGUGAGGGUCUGCAGGGACAAGCCGCCAACGGCCUCGUUUCGGAACCUGUUGGAAGAUCCGAAGAGCUGCCGCGCGCAUCAGAGGAGCUGCAGUCAUCGAAAGCUCAUCGUGAGUCCGAGGUCCCCUAUGUGUCAAGCCCGGCUCCAGCUCAACCUAUCGCCGUACCAAUCUGAGUUUCUGCGUUUCUGCUCGAUUCUGGUUUUGGAGCUCUUGUAUCUUUUUGUGCCGCCCUUGCUAAGUGACUAGGAAAACUCUUGAGCCAGAAGCUGAAAGAUAUGGACGUAGAUUGAGUGUACUUAGUUAGUAGUGUAUGCGCCGCAA